AAUUCUCCUCGUCGAUUCUACUGAAGCAGGACUGUGCGAUCAAAGUCUCAUUCGAGGCAACGCAUUCUUCCUGAAGGCAGGAUUCGAGGGAUUCCUAUCUCCCUUUUCUUGUAGUUUUGCACUCGGAACAAAAAUAAGAACCACUUGCUCUGGUGUUACCAGGUGCUAAUGGAGAGGCAGGGUAAAGAUGACUGCACGAUUAAGCAGAGAGUAAAUCCCCAAAAGCGUAGAGACAAGGUGUACAUCGGCUGUGGAGCUGGAUUUGGAGGGGAUAGGCCAUCAGCAGCUCUUAAGUUGCUUCAGAGGGUCAAAGAACUCAACUAUCUCAUACUUGAAUGUCUAGCAGAACGCACUCUUGCUGAUCGUUAUCAAGUUAUGUUGUCUGGUGGCAGUGGUUACGAUUCUAAGAUUUCAGAUUGGAUGAAGUUGCUUCUUCCUCUGGCUGUGAAGCGAAAUAUUUGCAUAAUUACCAACAUGGGUGCAAUGGAUCCCCCUGGGGCUCAAAAAAAUGUUAUAGAAAUAGCAGAAAGUCUGGGGUUGAGUGUUUCUGUUGCGGUUUCUUAUGAGGUUUCAGUAAAAGAACCAGGUAACUAUUCUUCACUAGUUUAUGAGGUUUUAAUGGAUUAUAAGUCCAAUCAGGGCAUUAGCACAUAUCUGGGAGCAGCUCCUAUUGUCGAGUGCCUGGAAAAGUACCAUCCAAAUGUCAUAAUUACUUCACGAGUUGCAGAUGCGGCCCUAUUCUUGGCUCCAAUGGUCUAUGAACUUGGUUGGAACUGGGAUGAUUUUCCACAGCUAGCUGAGGGAAUACUGGCUGGUCAUCUUCUGGAAUGUGGCUGUCAACUUACAGGGGGAUACUUUAUGCAUCCAGGAGACAGGUAUAGGAGCAUGUCUUUCCAACAGCUUCUGGAUAUAUCACUGCCUUAUGCUGAAAUUAGCUCUGAUGGAAAAGUCUAUGUAGCCAAGGCAGAAGAGACUGGAGGUCUUUUGAAUUUCAGUACUUGUGCCGAACAACUUCUGUAUGAGGUCGGUGACCCGUCUGCUUAUAUCACCCCUGAUAUGGUGGUUGACUUUAGCAAUGUUUCGUUCUGCCCUAUUUCCAGCUCUAAGGUCUUAUGUUCCCGAGCAAAACCAUCUAUUCAAGGAGUUCCCGAGAAACUCUUGCAGUUGGCUCCAAAGGACUGUGGAUGGAAAGGAUGGGGAGAGAUAUCCUAUGGGGGACGUGAAUGUGUUCUGCGUGCUAAAGCUGCUGAGUAUCUGGUUAGAUCAUGGAUGGAAGAAGUAUUAAAGGGCGUUAAUCAGCAUAUAGUUUCUUAUAUAAUUGGACUUGACAGCCUCAAAGCAUCCAGAAAUAGUAGCAAUAUCGUUGAAGAUAUUAGGUUUCGGAUGGAUGGAUUAUUCGAGCUGAAGGAACAUGCUCUCCUGUUUAUUAGAGAAUUUACAGCUCUAUACACAAAUGGGCCAGCUGGUGGCGGCGGCAUCAGCACUGGAUACAAGAAAGAAAUUGUGCUCGAAAAACAAUUGGUUGGGCGUGAACAUAUUUUUUGGCAAACUGGAGUGAAGUUCACUAAUGCAGUAAAAUUAGACAGUCAAUCAACAGACCUUCAAAUGAAACAAGAGGAGACGCAGUCUUUGCCUCGAGUAACAUUGCCACACCCAAUACCGACUCAUGCAGACAACCCUUGUACAGGCUCCUCCCCACCAGAAACUGGUCAUUCCCCUGCUCCAUCUGGCCAGGAGAUUGCUCUUUACAAUGUGGCCCAUAGCAGAGCUGGAGACAAAGGGAAUGACUUGAAUUUCUCUGUCAUUCCUCAUUGUCCUUCAGAUUUCGAUAGGUUGAAGACGAUCAUCACGCCCGAAUGGGUGAAGAGAGUCCUCUCAGUGCUGCUAAAUUCAACUUCAUUUCCCGACUCAGACGCUGACAAUAAGAGAGACAAGUGGAUAGACGAACAUGUGAAGGUCGAAAUAUACGAAGUUAGUGGUAUCCAUUCUUUGAACGUUCUCGUUCGUAACGUUCUAGAUGGCGGUGUAAACUGCUCUCGGAGAAUCGAUCGCCAUGGAAAGACCAUAUCGGAUCUCAUCUUGAGCCAGCAAGUUGUUUUACCACCAAUUCAUGAAGCAUAAGUUUCUUCUAGACAUUAAAGUAUCUUGCUUGGCUUCUGUUAUUGGCAGCCAUUGUUGCUUCUCAAAACUCUUAACUGGUACCGUGAUGUUGUUUUACUCUUCCUUCUUUGAAUUCCCAAAGUUUCUGCAAUAGUUUCGUUUAUUGUCACACUCAUCUUGUAGAUUCAGAUAUAACCAUAAGUUUUAUUUCAGUUCAAUGAUUUUAAUUUAGGAUUUAUUCUUUAUUGAUACAAUGUUUAAA